AUGGUGGCAGACAUCAACGAGGCCAUACAAAAUGAUUUGAGAGCACUUGUUACGGGCGAGUGUCUCUUUUCCGAUACACGUGUGAAAGGGCAGGAUGGCGAGGUGAAGGCACAUUUCGCUUUGCUUCAGAUUCGCUGUCCAGAACUAGCUGCGCGGGCGACACAUCAGCCGGAUGGGACGGCCUGUGUCAUUCAUGCGGGCGCAGCUGUGCAGGCAUUGCAGCAGCUACUUCUGUUUAUUUACACUGACUGCUUGAGCACAGAACCCGGCGAAAUCAAUUCUCUGUUGGGGCUUAUGAACCUUGCGCGGGAUUUGUUCAUUCCAGAUGAGAGCCGUGAAACACCACCUGGUAAGCGCGCACGGCGGGAAGUGCGUGGCUGCUCCAUGCGAAGGCUAUACGCCAUGUGUGAGCAGAGAGUCUGCGACAACAUCUCAGAAUCCAACGUUGUGCAAAUCCUGCAGGCCUCACUUAACAUCGGCUCCAAGUUCGCUGAAGGGUGUGUGUAUGCCUUCCUUGCCCGUAAGGGCAAGAACCUCAUCAAGGAAGCCUCCUUCAACCAGUCCUUGGUUGAGAUGCUUGGCAAAGAUCAUCCAGGCGCCGUGGCGCGUGCAAUCUGUGCAGCUGCCGGAACGCUCCCGCCUGGCGAGGCGGUGGAGGCUGCAGAAUUCAGCGUUCCACCUUCAAAGCUUGCAGAGGACUUGGAAGUCUUGUUUUCUGAAGCUGAGUUGCUCUUUCGGUCUGACUGCUAUCUCAGCUUCGGGUCCUCAUGUCAUGUGGCCGCGCACCGCUUCAUCCUGGGCGCCCGAUCACAAUUCUACGAGCGGAUGCUUUCAACCCCCAUGCAGGAGGCUUGGACGAGAAACAUUCCCAUCAGUACACCCCUCCAGCCGCGAAUUGCUGCUGUGAAGGCGCUGCUCCUGUUUCUAUACACAGGCCGCCUUGCAGAGACCAUCGAUGACGAGGUCGUGACGUCGUGUGACUUGGUAGAUUUGCUGUCCAUGGCAGGGCCCGGGGGACAGAACUAUCUUCAGCUAUCUGAGCCAGCAUGGGCCGCGCUUCGCCUGGAGGCCCUGAGGCGCAUCAAGGCCAGUCUGCAGGGUAGCACGGCCUGGUCCCUCUUGCGCAGAUCAACAGCCCAGCACAACCAAGCGGUGAAGUCACUGGCGCUGGCCGCAGUGCUGCGAAGCUGUGCAUCCGGCUGUCAUGAUGCGGAUUCGUUCCGGAAGGAAAGCGCGCCCACGGAGGAGUGGUGGACACCGAAGAUGGAGAACGAGCUUCUGCUUGAGCUCCUGCACCUGAAAUGCACAGAAGGUGAGCAUAAGACUUGGGACCUGGAGCUACAUCACGCGGCACGCGAGGAUGACAGCGUCCAGAACCAUAGCGGAAACAAAUAUCUUUUGCAAGAUUUCACAAAUCGUGGCUCGGCCUGCAUUUCUCGGUCCGGAGAUUGGUGUCACAUUGUUGCGAGCUUUGCCUCGCAUGUGCACGUGGACUUUGUGAUGGUGGCGCCUUUGGAGGGUUGGGGGCCGCGGAGUUUGAAGGGCGCAGAGCUCCAAGUCAUGAACAGUGCUGGCACCUGGGAGACCUUGGCAAAGUCCAAUUGCGCCGUGAAUGGCCAGUUGGAAACCAUACCCGUGCACCGAAGGGGCCGGCACUGGCGCUUCAUCAACCAGUCGAAGCUUGCACUGAGCGUUCUGCGAUUCAAGAUGCAAGCGGCAGUUCCGUGCAGCGACCUUCCCCACAAGCUCGUUACCGACACGCUCAAGCCAAGUCUCCUGACGCAGUUGAUGCAGUUCAAGCUGUUGCUUGGAGUGCAUCUCCCAUGUCAGGCGAGCAAACACCGCUGUGUCACAGCAACGUAUCCCAUGGCUGUGCAUGUGGACUACGCCUUGGUUGAUGCUGUCUCCAUGGUGCGGAUGCCCGGGCAAAGGAACCUGUCCGGCACCAGCGUCAGCCUGAGUCUGCAGGUGUGGAAUGCAGAUGGGCAGUGGGAGUUUCUUGGCAAAGUCCGAGCAGGACCUGGACUCGGCUCUCAACGGAUCGACGUCAACCGGGACGGCCAACAUUGGCGCCUGGUGGAUACGCAUGCGGAUAUUGCUGAGGAUGAUCAUGCCUGGCUGACUGUGAACGAUUUCCAGCUAGAGGAGCCAUCGAUCAAGCUGCUGCAGUCCUCUGGCGACAGGUGCUCAACACUCGUCUGGGGUGCCGCCGUCGAGUUGCUGUCCUUCCUGCGAGCGCACGGGCGACAGCAAGGGCUGCUGAAGCCAGGAGUUCGCAUCCUUGAGUUGGGUUCCGGCACAGGCUGGCUGGGACUCUCCCUCGCGGCCUCCUUUCCGGAUCUCGGCCGCAUCCUCCUGACGGAGACUCCGAUCCAUCAAGAUGCGUUGGGGCACUUGCAGCGCACAGUGGAGCUGAACUCGGACCUUCCCGGCGUGGGGAAGGUGGAGGUCGUCGGCUUUGACUGGGCAGACGUAGAGGGCAGCAGCAUUUGCCAGGAACCCUGGGACUUGAUCCUGGGCUCGGACCUGGUCUACAACCAAGAGACAGCCUCUCUGAUGCCCCAGGUGGUUUCGAGACUCCUGCGCGCGCAGGAGGCUCGGACGGAAAGUUCACCAACGGCCUUGUACUGCCAGUCCCUCCACCGCUGGUCCUGGGCAGGCUACGAUGUGCCCCUCCUGGAAGGUUGCAUGGCAGCGACUCUGGUACCUGAAGCGCUGUGGCUUCAGAACUACGGCCUGUGCACUGGACAUCUCGAAAGAGACUGCGCAGCCAUCGAAGUGGAUGACGGCGUACCG